UGCUCAGACUAAUCCCAACCAUCAACCGGGACGGAGCGAAGCCUCGCACGUAGGCGGCGUUGCAAAACGAAUCGAGACAAGUGCAUUGUUUACCGCAAGGCAAAAGGGCAUCUUGGCGACAUACGACGACAGAUGCUAGCUACUGCAACUAAUAAUACAUAGUGUUUUACUAGUUUCCAGUGAUUGUGUCUGUUUAUAAAACCGAUUAUUUUCUUUGUGAAGAGCUUCCAAGUGGCUAUUGUUAGUAUCGGUUACUAUCCGUUUGGCUUAGGACGAGUGAAACAAGGUGUAGAAUUUCGUCAACUGAAUUAUGCAUUAGCUACAAAUCAAACGGAAAGUGAUAAGAAGUGCCAAGCAGAUUGCGAACAGAUGUUAUUAUAAAAAUAAGUGUUAUAUUAAGCUAGAAGAAUACAAUAAGCCUCAAUACAAGUUCCGAGUGAGUUGAGCUGAUUAAAGUGCUUCCAAAAUGACCCUGCCAGAUACGAUGAACCCCAGCCCGGAGAUGGUCGACGAACUGCGUCGACAGUUCCAGCAGAAGAUGGAAAAGAGUGCUGAAAAGAUCCCACCCGGAGGAUUCCACGAAAAUGACCUCAACAAAAUAUUUGCCAAUGAUGUAUGGUUGACCAAAUUCUUGGAAAACAAUGAUCUCGACAUGAAGGAAUCGCUGAAGCAACUUUGGGAAACAUGUAUUUGGCGAAAGACGGCGAACAUCAAUGAGAUCUGCGAGGAAAACAUCCGAAUGGAUUACCUUCACGAAGGUAUGAUGUUCCCCCGGGGGAAGGACAUCGAUGGAAAGACAUUGUUCAUCUACCGGUCGCGGUUGUACACGAGAGGCUCUCGAAAUCUAGACGAUAUGAAACGUCUAUUUCUGUAUUGGUUGGAACGACUGAUACGCGAGGCCCGCGAUGACUACAUCACCUUCAUGUUCGAACUUACCAAUGCUGGUGUAAGCAACGUAGAUAUGGAUUAUACCAGAUAUAUCAUAACUACACUCAAAAACUACUACCCAUAUUCGUUGAACUAUAUCUUGGUAUAUGAUUUGCCAUGGAUACUAAAUGCAACGUUUCACAUUAUCAAAAAACUAUUGCCUGCCAAGGCGGUUGAUAGGCUUAAAAAUAUUAACAACAAAUCCAUUCGGGAAUACAUCGAGGAAGACAGUUUGCUUACUCCCUGGGGAGGGAGCGAUGAUUAUGUGUUUGAAUUCAUCCCGGAGAAGAAACAAUUCCAGCUGCCAUUAAUCAAUAACAAUUCCAUCGUCCAUAAUAACAACGUUAAAAAGGUUCAUUUUGCUAUCCUCAGUCCGCCGGAGUCCCCGAUGAACGAAACGUCCAACUCGAACUUUGAAAACGUAGAGGGCGAGAUGUUACGAAUAAUACCACAGACCACAAUCGUAUUCACAAAGUCUGGCACCGAACUGCUCGGUAAUGUUGAGAUUGCCAACAUUGAUACAAAAGCAGUCACCUACAAGAUCAAAACAACUGCACCGGAAAAAUUCCGUGUCCGACCUAGCACCGGAGUACUGUCUCCAGGUGGCAGCGUUACAAUCAACGUUGUGCUACAACAGGGUCAACAAAUCAACACAUUGAGCCGGGAGAAAUUUCUGGUCAUGUGCAUGGGAUUGAGUGGCGAACUGUCUACCAACACGCAUGACCUAGCGGAACUUUGGAAGAAUACAUCGGCAAACAGUGCCUCGGUGGAGCAGCAUAGGCUAAAAUGUUCUCUACCGGCCAGUCUGGAUGAUGGUAGCAUGCGUAACGGGAUGCCACCUUACGGUAAUGCUGGAGGUGAUAUGUACGGCGCGGGCGCCGGUUUCUCUGGCAACGGGGGCGAUAAGCAAUUUUUGCACUUUCAACAGGCUGUUACGCAACUCAGGGAUUCGACCCAACGGUUAGAAUCACAGGUAAAAUUUAACCAGACGCUUCAGUGGAUCUCGCUUGCACUGUUCCUGGUACUGUCGGUGGCGAUCGUAUACAUUCUGAAGGUCGAGAUUAAGAAUAGUGCUUCGCAAUUCUGCUUGAAGCAUUAGGUCAGAUAGUAGCGCAUGGCGUUAUACGAUGGUCCAACCCCGAGAAGAUGCGGAUGCAUUCGGUUAUACCUUGUUUGUGAGAGUUGUAUGAGGCACGACUUGAUUGUUUCGGUGCGUUUAGACUGUACCUUAUAAUGUCUCCAGUUGUCAAAUUGCUAUUUUUUUUCUUUAACUAUUAACUGUAAGUUGUUUUCUGGCCAUUUUCAUUUUUACUACUAAGAAUGAAUGCUUUUUUUGUUAGUGGUAGCUUGAUAAAGCGCGGUUAUAUAUCGUUAUGUGUACAAAAUUUAUCGAUGGCUUUUAAUUUAAUAGUUUUAGUAGUAGAAUUAUGGAGCAAAAGUCGGAAAACCCACUGUCAAUAUACAUUUUGAGGAAAAAUCCUAAAAUCAUUUAAUGAUUUUUACUGAUACAAACACAGGCACAUCACCAGAUGUAAUAAACUCUGCUUGAUGAGUUAUAAUUAAUCCUAGAUUUUCUCUGAAAGUGUAUUUUGGCAGUGAGCUAUACCGCUUAAAAAUUACUCGAAAAUGAUUGAAUUAUGUAGAUCCAACAAAAUGUAUUAUUUGCAAAAAAAAUAAUAUGAUGCAUGACAA